AGCUUAAAAAGGUAGCUUUAAGGAAGCCAGUCCCCGAGAUGGUCCUCCAACGGUUCGUGUCGUCCCUGCUAUCGACGCUGCCGUCGCGCCGGUCGAGCAUGUACUCGGCUGGCAAGUCAGAGAAGGCGCAUACGAUCGAAUACAGCGCCAAAGUACCUCAGCGGACAGUUCUCUUGCGACUCGUCCUCAACACAUCCGAGUUCAGCCUUGUCGCGGUCCUCAUCACGUCGAUCCUCAUAUUGUACUCGAAUGGACUCUGGAACCGACAGUCGACAACGGCGUCGCCAGCGUUUGCGCGCGACUGGUCGCUUCUCGAGGCCAACUGCGUCCUCACAGCAGGCGGCUUUGACGCGACAACGUGUUCGCAGACUCGGGCCAUCGCCGAUGCCAUGCACAGCGUCGCGCAGACACUCGUGCGUCAAGUGCCGUCAGCGCCCGUCUACGUCACGACCUGCGUGAUGGGUGCGGACGUCGAGUUUGGCGCGAUUCUGCUCCUUUUUUCCCCGCUGUCGGCGCCCCGUGGCCUGCGUCACGUCACCACAGCGAUGAACGGGACAACGCCCGCCUUUUUGCUCUCGAGUUACAUGGACACCGCGGACAGUGCCAUCGAAACACGCGUCGACUCGUCCGGCAAGCUGACGUCCGUGGCUGGGAGUGUCACCAAGACGCUUGUCGCGCCCGAUGGUCGGACAGCACCUUGGCACACGAACUUUAAUCACUCGACUUGGGCGUUUGCGUCACAGCCGAUUGGAGCGCGGUACGAGUGCACGUACGGCUGUGUGGCCGAAGUGCUCUUGUCACCAAGUGCAGCGAACGAUGGCGUCGUCACGUACAAAGGACUCGCUUCGUCCAAGACCCUUGGCGUCGGCUGGACCUGCUCGCACACCGUGUCCAACUACAUGGACUUUGUCGUCUUGCAGCCGCUGUUCGUGCUCGUGAUUUUGCACUUGGUGAAUGGUGAUUUCUUUACGACACUCUUGGGCUGGUCCGGCGUCCUCAGUCGCAAGCCCGUGCUCACGUACGACUUUGUGUCGAGCAUGGAGCGCCGACGCCUCGCGCUGCUCUUCCUCUCGAUUGUGCGCAUCCCAUCGCUCGGGUACGUCGAAGUCACGCGGUUGUACUUGGAAACGACCGGUCACUUCAACGUCCACUGCAUCGCAGUGCUCAUGGUGAGCGGGCUCCCCGUAUUUUUCGUCUACUGGGGCAUCAUCCUUCUGCAGCGAGUGCAUGCGCCGCGCUGGUGCCACGGCCGAGCCGUCCGCGUCAUCUCGCCGCUUCUGCUGCUCGGCACGGUGAUAUCGAGCGUCGUUGUGACGUGCAACUUUCAAAAUGUCAAAACCACACUCCAGGACCCGCUUUGGCACCGACCGCCGCCGACCGAGGUUGCCGCUUACUUGCCCUACACGAAUCGCUCGUUCGCGCUUGGCGCGCUUGCCACCUUGGAGGUGCCCACCGCGGUGUCACUCUUGCAGCCCACGGUGUUGGCGUGCCUCUUUGGAACGCUGGCAAUCAGUAUCGUAUUCCCGAUGCUACUGCAGCGCCGUGUGUUGCUGGACUUGCGCUACUUUGCGAGAAAUGACUUCUUAGCGACGCAGUUCAUGCCGUCGUAUGUGACAGUACUACCAUUGUACGAAAACGACUGCAUCAAGUACGGCACCAAGCUCUUUGUAAAGCCCAGCACGAUUGCAAUGCUCGGCUACGCCAUGAUCAAGGAAGCGCCGGUGACGCACAAGGUUGCCGUCAUCACCAAAGACGACAUGACUGGGAAUGCGCGCAACACAGCCGCCAAUGCAAGCUCGAACGCCGUAGCAAUCGUGUCAGUGUACGAUCUCAUGCCGUCAUUGCUGCCGCACGCACUCUUGCCACCGCACAUUGUAGCAUGGAUCGACAACUACCAAUUCAAGCCCGCGCCGCCACACACCACGCUCACCAAAACGACCUCAUAUCGACCGACAAAAGGCUCAUGCGUGAGCUAACAAGUGCCCAUAUAUACACUUAUAUGCACCGGA